UCAGUCUCUCUUGCCACCAUCUCAUUCCUUGAUUAAAACCCACAAAAAUAGAGCAAUUUGAUCAGGAUUAAGAUGGCUUUUAGUCAGGGAAAUGCACAAAAAGGAUUCAUCUUGCUUCUUCUCACUGCCUCUUUGUUGGUGCUCAUGAGUGAGGCCAAAACCAUUGUGGUUGGAGGGUCAAAUGGUUGGAACUUCGGCUUCAACUACACUGAUUGGGCUAUCAAAAACAGUCCCUUUUACAUAAACGAUAAACUGGUGUUCAAAUAUGCAGCACCAAGCAACACUUCCGCCCACAAUGUAUACCUACUGCCAAACCUGUGGAGCUUUAUAAACUGUGACUUCAGGAAGGCAAGGGUUGUGGCAAACGCAAACCAGGGGAGUGGGAAGGGGUUUGAGUUUGUGCUGAAACAGUGGAGGCCAUACUACUUUGCAUGUGCUGUGAACAAUGGCGUUCACUGCAGCCAAGGCCAAAUGAAGUUCUUUGCUAUUCCAUGGCCGCGCCGCCAUUAUUAACCUGUCAUCAAUCUGUAUUUAUGAUCACAGAAAUCACAGAGGCUAGGGCCAAUGGAAAGAUGCAGUGCUGUUUUUUGUUCUUUUAAGUUGGGUGUAUUAAUAUUGCUGUUUUUACUGUUAUUAUUAUUAGAAAAAUGAUAUUUGCAUUCGGAUAGUGUAUAAGUGCCGUGUAAUCAUUUUGACAAAAAAUGAAUAAAAAUAGAAUCUAAAUGAAAAAA